CUGCUCCAGACUGAGGCUCAGGGUGCCUCCAGCGAUUCAGACGAGCCUCUACAACACACAAACACACACAGAGACAUUUCUGCUGUCAGGACUGCUACACCUGCUCCGCUGCUGCAGAGAUCAUCCUUCUUCUUUUUGGGGGAAAAAAUGAAACUUGAAGUUUUCUCCGCGCACCACUUCGCACAGAAGCCGCUGGAACUGUGCAUGGACGCAGAGGGGGGAGUCCCGUCUCCUCUAUCCGGGGACGAGUUGGGGUCGGACGGGGACUGCGUGGCCAACAGCCCGGCACCUGUUACCCUGACCGGCGGCGAGGGCAGCAAAGGGAAGCCCUACACCCGCAGACCCAAACCUCCUUACUCCUACAUCGCCCUCAUCGCCAUGGCCAUCCGGGAGUCCAGCAGCGGCCGCCUCACCCUCGCAGAGAUCAACGACUACCUGAUGAAGAAGUUCCCGUUUUUCCGCGGGAGCUACACCGGCUGGAGGAACUCGGUGCGCCACAACCUGUCACUCAACGACUGCUUCCUCAAAGUGUUGCGGGACCCGUCCAGGCCGUGGGGAAAGGACAACUACUGGAUGCUCAACCCACACAGCGAGUACACCUUUGCUGACGGCGUGUUCCGCCGCAGGAGGAAGCGCAUCGCCAAAAGGUCCGCCAAGGAGCGGGAGAGCCCGGACAUCCUCAGCGAGGACACCCGCCUCCCAGCCCCGGAGGAGAGGGUGAGGGUGGGGGCCAAGUUCUCCAGCUCCUUCGCCAUCGACAGCAUCCUCAGCACACCCUUCAAACGGAGGGAGGACAGUCACGUCGAGGCGGAAACCCACGCCCCCCGGCUCUACUGGUCCCCAGGGGCCCACAUACUGCUGGGCUACCCGACACAGCACACGUACCUGUCAGAGGGUGCGUACAGCAGCACGGAGCUCAGCAGGGAUGCGUUCACGUACCUCCAGCAGCAGACUGCACCGGGCAUGGCCGCACCUGAGGCCGCUCUUCAAGCUCUCAAGAUGUCCAGCAAGGCGCGAAGUUUCCAUAUAGACUCCUUGCUGUCAUAAAGCUCCCGGACAGUUGUCAGACUUGUAUGUUUUGAAUCAUGAUGUGCACUUUUGUGGGCUCCUAGCUUUCAGUACUUUAGCUGUUAAACUGUUUGGGACUUUGUCUAUACUGUAAGUUAUUCUGCAGCGGAAAAAAAACAACCCGAACAUGGCGUGUUUUCAACUGUUUGGUGAUUUGGAAAAUAGUUGCUGUCAUCGCAGGAUAUCCCACUGCCUGUGUGUGUGUGAGUGUGUGUAUGGUUCAUGAGUGUAUCCAUGGUUCAUUGGUUAUCUCCACUGUAUGACCGCAACCAAGCUCCAUGUUGAAACAUUAUACUAUUAAUCUAUUUAUAUUUACGUGUUUUGUAUGACCUGCUGUUUAAAAUAGGAUAUUGUUGUGUGUAUAUAUAUAUGUCAAAACAAAAUAUUGACUGAGCUAAGGUGAGAAUCACGUGGCUGCACUAGAAACGCAUGGAUAUGCCUGAUGUUUUUCUUAAGAUUGAUUCAUGCAUGCCUGGUAUUUUUGUGAAUAAAAACGUGAAACA